CAUUCCUGCAUCAUUUCUUCUUCGUUCUUCCCAUUUUCAACCUUCUCCCCCGGUUUGAAUUUGGAGUGGUUUUUGCUUCUGCUCUGCGAUCUGCAAUUCCUCGUUAUUCCAAUUCCAUUUCAGUUACAGUACAGAUCGUUGUUCCGAUUCCAAGCUCACGUAGCAUCUGUACUGAACUUCGAGCAAGAUCUGAAUCCUCUUGAUCCCGUUCCCGUAUGGGAAUCCGCAAUUUAACGAUGGAGUUGUAUUAGAUGUUCUGAGAUUGGCUUCCAAGAACCGAACCGGAUCCAUGGAGUGGACAACGUUGCAGCAUCUGGAUCUGCGCCAUGUAGGGCGUGGCGUCAGGCCUCUGCAGCCUCAUGCUGCCACCUUCCAUCCUUACCAGGCGCUCGUCGCCGUCGCCAUCGGAACCUACAUCGUCGAAUUUGAUGCAUUAACAGGAAGCAAGAUUUCUGCUCUUGACAUUGGCGCACCUGUUGUCCGUAUGUCUUAUAGUCCUACAAGUGGGCACACUGUGAUUGCAAUCCUCCAGGAUUGUACGCUACGAACUUGUGAUUUUGACCUAGAGCAAACAUUUGUAUUGCAUUCACCAGAGAAGAAGACAGACCAAAUUUCUUCUGAUACAGAAGUCCAUAUGGCUUUGACCCCACUACAACCUGUUGUGUUUUUUGGCUUUCAUAAACGAAUGAGUGUGACAGUUGUUGGAACUGUUGAAGGUGGCAAAGCACCCACAAAAAUAAAGACAGAUUUGAAGAAGCCUAUUGUGAAUAUUGCCUGUCAUCCUCGCCUCCCCGUUCUGUAUGUUGCUUAUGCAGAAGGUCUGAUUCGAGCAUAUAACAUUCACACCUAUGCCGUUCAUUACACUCUGCAACUUGAUAAUAAUACUAUAAAGCUCAAUGGAGCUGGUGCAUUUGCAUUUCAUCCAACUCUCGAAUGGAUUUUUGUUGGUGAUCGACGUGGUACACUUCUGGCAUGGGAUGUAUCAACUGAGAGACCUAGUUUGAUUGGAAUAACACAAGUUAGCUCACAGCCGAUAACAUCAGUUGCUUGGCUAGCCUUGUUGCGUUUACUUGUAACAGUAACGAGGGAUGGGAAUUUGCAAGUUUGGAAAACACGGGUUAUAGUUAAUCCUAACAGACCUCCUGUGCAGGCAAAUUUUUUUGAGACUGCCGCAAUUGAAUCACUGGAUAUUCCUCGCAUCCUUUCGCAACAGGGUGGAGAAGCAGUGUAUCCCUUACCACGGAUUAAAACUUUAGAAUUUCAUCCAAAAUCUAAUUUAGCAGCACUAGUGUUUGCAAACGUACCAAGUGGAGACCCUUCUAAAAGUAAGGCCACAUCCAGUAGAGAAGGGAGAAAGCAACUUUUUGCAGUUUUGCAAAGUGCACGGGGAUCGUCAGCAUCUGUGUUAAAGGAAAAAUUGGCAGCCUUGGGAUCCUCUGGAGUUUUAGCUGAUCAUCAGCUUCAAGCUCAACUACAAGAACAUCAUCUGAAAGGCCACGGUCAUCUUACGAUAUCAGACAUUGCAAGGAAAGCUUUUCUUUACAGUCAUUUCAUGGAAGGCCAUGCAAAAAGUACUCCGAUAUCUCGCUUGCCCUUGAUCACUGUUUUGGAUACCAAGCAUCACCUGAAGGACAUUCCAGUUGUCCAGCCAUUUCAUUUGGAGCUAAAUUUCUUUAGCAAAGCAAACCGAGUUCUUCAUUAUCCUGUCAGGGCUUUCUUUGUGGAUGGACCAAAUCUUGUGGCACAUAAUCUCUCAUCUGGAUCUGAGAGUAUCUACAGGAAGCUCUAUAAUUCGAUUCCUGGGAACGUGGAGUAUCAUGCAAAAUACUUGAUUUACAGUAAAAAGCAACGCCUGUUUCUUAUAGUUUAUGAAUUUAGUGGUGCUACAAAUGAAGUUGUGCUGUACUGGGAAAAUACUGUCGCAGAGACAGCAAAUAGUAAAAGCAGCACAGUGAAAGGUCGAGAUGCAGCAUUUAUUGGUCCCAAUGAAAACCAAUUUGCCAUUCUCGAUGAUGACAAGACAGGGUUGGCAUUGUAUGUUCUACCAGGAGGGGCCUUGCAGGAUCCUAAGGAAAUUGAAAAAGCUUUCCAGGAAGACCAACCUACAGAAACUAAUGUUGGCUCAAUUCGUGGUCCUACGCCAUUUCUGUUUGAGACUGAAGUUGAUCGGAUCUUUUCUACUCCAUUAGAUUCAACUUUGAUGUUUGCUACUCAUGGGAACCAGAUUGGAUUAGUAAAGCUCAUACAAGGAUACCGCCUUUCAACUUCAAAUUCAACUUCUGAUGGUCACUAUAUAUCAACCAAGGGUGAGGGCAAAAAGUCAAUCAAAUUGAGAAGACAUGAGAUUGUACUGCAGGUGCACUGGCAAGAGACUCUUAGGGGACAUGUUGCAGGAAUUUUAACAACACAUAGAGUUCUUAUAGUUUCAGCAGCUCUCGAUAUACUUGCAGGCACUUCUACAAAUUUUGACAAGGGACUUCCUUCAUUUAGAUCACUCUUAUGGGUUGGACCUGCCCUUCUUUUUUCUACUGCCACUGCUAUCAGUAUACUUGGUUGGGAUGGGAAAGCUAGGACUAUCCUCUCAAUUAGUAUGCCUUAUGCAGUCUUGGUUGGUGCAUUGAAUGAUCGAUUGUUGCUUGCUAGCCCCACAGAAAUAAAUCCCAGACAGAAGAAGGGGGUUGAGAUUAAAAGCUGUCUUGUUGGUCUUCUUGAGCCUCUUCUCAUCGGAUUUGCUACAAUGCAGCAAACUUUUGAGCAGAAACUUGACUUGUCAGAAAUACUAUACCAAAUAACGUCAAGGUUUGACAGCCUGCGCAUAACACCAAGGUCUCUCGACAUCCUUUCCAGAGGUUCUCCAGUUUGUGGAGAUUUGGCAGUGUCAUUAUCCCAAUCAGGUCCACAGUUCACCCAGGUGAUGCGAGGUGUCUAUGCUGUGAAAGCUCUGAAGUUUUCCACUGCUUUAUCUGUUUUGAAAGAUGAAUUUCUGCGUUCAAGAGAUUAUCCACGAUGUCCUCCUACAUCGCAUUUAUUUCAUCAGUUCAGGCAGUUGGGUUAUGCCUGUAUCAGGUUUGGUCAGUUUGAUAGAGCAAAAGAAACCUUUGAAGUCAUAGCUGAUUACGAAAGUAUGCUUGAUCUGUUUAUAUGCCACCUGAAUCCAAGUGCCAUGAGGCGCCUUGCUCAGAAGUUGGAAGAAGAAGAUCUUGAUUCAGAAUUGAGGCGAUAUUGUGAGAGGAUUUUACGAGUUCGAUCUACUGGAUGGACACAAGGCAUAUUUGCUAACUUUGCCGCAGAAAGUAUGGUUCCUAAAGGACCUGAAUGGGGUGGUGGAAACUGGGAAAUUAAAACCCCUACUACUGCAAAGGAUAUACCUCAGUGGGAGCUUGCUGCUGAGGUAACACCAUAUAUGAAGACUGAUGAUGGUACAAUUCCAUCUAUUAUUGUAGAUCAUAUUGGAGUGUAUUUAGGCUCAAUUAAAGGAAGAGGAAACAUUGUAGAGGUAAGGGAAGAUAGCUUGGUUAAAUCCUUCAUCCCAGCAGGUAAUGAUGUUAAAGCAAAUGGUCUUGCAUCCUCCAUUGAAUCCAUGACUAACCAAUUGAAGGGGGUUGAAAAUUCCAAAGGUGAUUCAUUAAUGGGUCUGGAAACCCUUAAUAAACAGAUUGCCAGUUCCUCUGCUGAACAAGCUAAAGCAGAAGAAGAAUUUAAGAAAUCCAUGUAUGGAGCUGCUGCUGAUGGUAGCAGUAGUGAUGAAGAAGGAGCAUCAAAAACCAGAAAAAUACGUGUUAGAAUUCGAGACAAACCCAUUUCCUCAUCUACAGUGGAUGUCAAUAAGCUUAAAGAAGCCACUAGUAAAUUUAAACUUGGUGAAGGGUUAGCUCCGUCAAGGAGCAGGGCAUCAUUAAGUGGUGGGAGCCAGGAGUUUGGCCAGAUUUCCUCCCUACAAGCUCCUGCCGGCAUGGUUGCACCAGCCGGAACGGCUGCUUCUGUUUCAGCUGCUGGUGACCUGUUUGGUACCGAUGCAUUUACUCGGCCAGAACCAAUUUCACAGCCAACUACGGGGUCCGUAGGUGGAGGACUUAAGGCAGGACCUAUUCCAGAGGACUUCUUUCAGAAUACAAGGGAUUCCCUGCAGGUUGCUGCAACAUUGGCUCCUGUUGGGACAUAUCUCUCCAAAUUUAUCCAAGGGAAUGACAGCAGCAGGACUCCUAGCCAGGUUGAUGCUUCUGGAGCUGAUUUCAGCCGUCAAGGUGCUGUUCCCCCUCAAGCUGGUCAACAACCUGUUGUUCCAAUUGAGUCUAUAGGACUUCCGGAUGGUGGUGUCCCACCACAACCCUCAACUCAGGCUGCAGUCAUGCCCCAAUUGCAGCCACAGACAUCAAUUUCCACCCAACCUCUUGAUCUUAGUGUACUUGGAGUACCAAAUUCUGCUGAUUCAGGAAAGCCUUCUCAAGCUAGUUCUCCACCUUCUACCGUACGACCUGGACAGGUUCCCCGAGGGGCUGCUGCUUCAGUAUGCUUCAAGACUGGACUGGCUCACCUUGAGCUAAAUCAUCUUUCGGAUGCGUUGUCUUGCUUUGAUGAGGCUUUUCUUGCACUGGCUAAGGAACAAUCCCGUGGAAGUGAUAUAAAAGCUCAGGCAACAAUCUGUGCUCAAUACAAGAUAGCUGUCACUCUUCUUCAGGAAAUUGGACGUCUGCAAAGGGUCCAUGGUCCUAGUGCAAUCAGUGCAAAAGAUGAGAUGGCAAGACUUUCGCGCCAUCUGGGCUCAUUACCUCUUCUGGCUAAGCACAGAAUAAAUUGCAUUCGAACUGCCAUCAAACGAAACAUGGAGGUGCAGAAUUAUGCAUAUUCCAAGCAAAUGCUCGAACUGCUGUUCUCUAAAGCACCUCCAAGCAAACAAGAUGAAUUUAGGAGCCUGAUCGACUUGUGUGUUCAGAGGGGCUUGACCAACAAGUCUAUUGAUCCAUUGGAAGACCCUUCGCAAUUUUGUUCUGCUACUCUAAGCAGGUUGUCGACCAUUGGAUAUGAUGUAUGUGAUUUAUGUGGAGCCAAAUUUUCAGCCGUGACUGCCCCUGGAUGCAUCAUCUGUGGAAUGGGAAGCAUCAAAAGAUCGGAUGCAACUGCAGGACCAGUUCCUUCGCCAUUUGGUUAACUAACUAAGAUGUGUGAUUUUAAUUGCUGUAAACAUGUAUCACUAGUAAAGCUGAAAGCUGUUGUAAAGAGAAGCAAAACUGGUUGGAAAAAGCUCGUAAUCUGGGAAAACCACAGUUCUUCCAUUUUGUAUACUACUUUAGUUGUGUGAUUAGUUGUGUGGUCUCGGCUCCUGCCGCCUUUUCUUUUGGUUUUAUCUUUUUUUUUUUUCCUUUCAAUUUUGCGAAUCAUGAUGUGUGAUUACUGAUUACGCAUUUUCUGUAAUUAUGGAGAGUUGUCUCCAGUAAUUCUAACAUUCAUUCAUCCUUGAGUUAGAAAGUGUUAUUGAGCGCGAUUUUAUCAGUAAUAUAUUCAUUCGGGUAAACAA